AUGCAUUUUUCAAAAUAUGUUUUUCCAUCUAAAAGAGAACAAAAGAAAUAUUUUUAUUCUAAAUUUAGUUAUUUUAUUAAAAAAAAUUUUUAUAUUUUAAAAAAAAAAGUUUUAAUUUGGAAUACGAAAAAUAAGUUACUAUUCAAAAAAAAAAAUAAUGAAAACAACUUAAUAGAAAAAAAAAGUUUUUUAAAUAAUUCUUUGAACAAUAAUUUAAUUUGUUUAAAAUCAAAUUAUAAAAGUAGUUUAGAUUUAAAAAAUCUUUAUUUAAAUGAGCAAAUUAUAAUUUAUAAUAUAGUUUUAAAAAAUAAUUCAAUAGAAAAUAUAGAUGUAGAAAUAUUAUUCAAAACAAAUAAUUUUACGUAUAAGGGAAUUGAGAAUUUUUCCUAUCUUGAAAUAUUUUAUAGAAGAUUAAAAAGUAAAAAAAUAAAAAAUAAAUUAAUAAAUAUUUACAGAAGUAAAAUUAAUAAUAUAUAUAGCAAUUUAUUAUUUUAUCAUUUUAGCCAAAGAGUCAAUAACUUUUUGUUACAUAAUAAUGUCUAUAAGCAAUUUUCUUAUGUUCUUCAAUUCUUUUUUCAUAAAAUAUUAAAUAUUAACUUUUUAUUAUAUAAAAAAAAAAUCACAAAAUCAAAAUAUGUGAAAAAAAAAUUUUAUAAAGUAAGUAAGAUAGAAAAGUUUAUUCAAAAUUAUAUAUUUAAAUUAUUAAACAAUGUUUUUAUAAAUAAUUUUUUGUUCUUUUUUAAAUAUUCAUCUAACAAUUUAACUAGAUAUAAUGAUAAUGUGCUUAUAAAAAAUAAUAAUAUAAUUAAUAACACAAAAUGUGUAGAAGAAAAUGGAAACAUAAAUAAAAAGGAGGGAAAACUAUUUUGUAUUAAUGAGUUAAACAAAAACAAAAUAGAAUUAGAUAGAGGAAAAAAUAAUAAAAAUAAUAUUCCAUAUUUUAGAAGAGUAAUGUAUAAAUGUGUUAAAAAAAAAAAUUAUUUUAAUUUUAAACUAGAUAUUAAUAACAGACAUUAUUGCAAAUAUAAGAAAAGAACCAAUGUUCAUAUAUUUCAAGAUUUUAAUGUUUUGAAUUUGGAUAGUAUAUUUUUAAAAGUAAAAAAUGGUAAUAAUAGUGAUCUAUUAAAAACAACAUUUGAAGAAUUUUUAAAGACACUAUCAAGAAAAAAUAAAAAUAGAAAAAUUUAUCUGGAAUCUUUAAUUAAAUGUUAUACACAUAUUUUUACUUUUAAUGACAUAUUUAUUGUCGACAAGGAAAAUGUAAAUAAAUUUUUUUUUUUUUUUUAUUAUCAUUCUUUGAAUAAUGGUUAUACUUUUUUUUUUUAUAAUAGAAAAGUUGAUUUAGCAAUAUCAAAAAAAAACAAUAUAAAAAGAAAAAGAAAAGUGAAAAUAAAAUCAUUAAAAUAUAAUAUAAUUCCAGAUUUUUUAAAAAGAAAAACAAAAAAAAAAAAAAAAAAUCAGUAUUUUUUAAAUUUAAAUAAUGAAGAAUUAAAACAUAACAGUUCCGAUAAUUACAUCAUUUUAUUUUUGUAUGAUUUGAUUUUCAAUUUUAAUUUUCAAUUUAGUAAUUACAUAAACUAUAAAUAUAAUGUUACGAAUAUUGAUAGAAAGUAUACUGUUUUAAAUAAAAAAAUUAAAAAUAAAAUUAAAAAAGGGAGAAUAAUUUUAUUUACAAAUGACAAAAAGAUUCAAUCCAUGUGUUUUAAAAUGAACAUAUUUUAUCAGAAUUGCUUUGUAGAAGAAAAAAAUAAAAAUUCUGUUAAAAUAUGUAUUUUUAGUGAAAUCUUAAAUAAAAAUAAAAAGAAAAAUAAUAAUAAAGCAGAUAGUUAUAAAUUGUAUGCUUUUUCUAAAACUUUUCAUAUCUAA